AUGGUGAAUAUAGACGAUAUUAACUCGUUGGUAGCGAGAAUUGAGAGUUUGACUGUUGGAAAGUGUCCAAACCGAGUUAUUAUAUCUAUAGCUGGAGUCCCUGGAGCUGGCAAAAGCACCUUCGUUCAACGGUUGGCUAAUGAACUUACAACCAAACGGAACAUAAAGACCGAAAUCUUACCUCAAGAUGGCUUCCACUAUUAUAGAAAGGAGUUGUUAACGUUUGAAGAUCCUCAAUUGGCCAUAGACCGUAGGGGUGCUCCUUUUACCUUUAACGCAAGAAAAUAUGUCAGUCUUGUGAAACAAGCCAUCACCAAACCUUAUAAGGACCUCUACGGACCUUCAUUUGAUCACGAGUUGAAGAACCCCAAAGAAAAUGAUAUCUCCAUAUCUUCAGAUGUUGUGGUAGUACUCUUAGAAGGAAAUUACGUUAAUCUUAAAGACGAACCAUGGAAUGAGCUUCACCAGUUGGUUGAUGAAAGUUGGCUUAUUAAUACUGAUUUGGGAGUAGUGAGAGACAGACUUAUUAAAAGACAUUUGGAAGCAGGAAUAGCUGCCAAUGAAGAAGAAGCUAUUUCUAGAGUUGACUUGAACGAUUUAAAGAAUGCAGAAUAUAUUAUGAACUACUCCUUUAGUUACGACUUGGUGAUAAACUCUUAG